GUUAUAGUUGACCCUUAACAUAAAUACAUGCAACUAAGACAAUUAUCUUACGGUUAGUAUAGAAGUAUUCACCUAACAAAAAUUUAUCACAAUGGUUUGGGUUAAUGAAUUGUUGUGUUUGUUUGAAUUGACUUAGUCUUUUAGCAAUUUUCAUAGGCUGAAAAGGACCUUGCUUUCAAGUUUUCAUCCAACAUAAUGUAUGAGAUUUAUCUAAACUAGGCGUUCAUAUGUUGUGGUCUACACUCUACAUAUACAAAUAUACAUUAUAUGAACAAUAUCAAGCUUUAUAUUUUAGGAGUUUGAAAGGGAUGAAUGUUUAACACUUGAGUGGUUAUUCAAAGUAUUAAGUAUGUGUAUAUAUUAGAUAUACGACUAAUUAUUUAUCUGGUUAAUUUGGUUUGGCUGGUUAGGAGUGUCUGAAACCAAACCAAACCACCUAAACCAAACAAGCUAAGAACUUUAACCAAACCAAACCAAACCAAUUAUCCAAAUUAACCAAAUCAAAUUAUCCAAAUAGUACUGGUUAAAACGGUUACCAUGGUAACCACACCGUUUGAACACCCCUAGGAAAACCCGCCCAUUGCCAUCCCUACUUUGGCAAUGGGCGCGAACCAACAAGUUUAUUCCGUUUGGGCUAGUAUGAACUUGAUCCACCUUCUCAAACGCGCGUUAUUAACAAAUUGGGCCCAUUUUGCUCUAAUGCUCGAGCCCAAAAUUUAGCCAGCCCAUAUAAGAUUCAACAGGCACAUAACCUAGCCCGAGCCCAAUGCAAAGUAAUGGCGGUAGCCCUCUUUCAACGUGCUCCGUCCUCAUCCAAUAAUCCCGGAAAAAAGCACAAUCCUUCCUCCACUUGUCAGAUAUUCUCAAAGCCUCUAGGACCAUCUCUUCCCUCCACGUGUCCCUCUCCGUCAUCCACCGCCAUACGAUCCAAACAGCCGUAGCCCUUACAAACACAACCCAAAAGAAGCAAAACCUCCAUCCAUCCUCCUCCAUAUUCAAAUCGGAAAUUUUCCAAUCUCUACCGGCGGAAAACGAUGUUGAGGCUAGCGGCGAACAAGUUUUUGGGCCGUGCAGCGGCGUCGGCGUCGUCGUCUCGCCCUGUGGCUACCCGAUUCUAUCACGAGAACGUGAUAGACCACUUCAACAACCCUCGCAACGUCGGUUCCUUCGACAAGAACGAUCCCGCCGUCGGCACCGGGCUGGUCGGGGCGCCGGCCUGCGGCGACGUGAUGAAGCUGCAGAUUAGGGUCGAUGAGAAGACGGGAGAGAUCGUGGAUGCUCGAUUCAAGACCUUCGGCUGUGGCUCCGCAAUCGCGUCGUCUUCUGUAGCCUCUGAGUGGGUGAAGGGAAAGCAGAUGGAGGAAGUUUUGACCAUCAAGAAUACUCAAAUUGCCAAGCAUCUUUCCCUGCCGCCUGUUAAGCUCCACUGCAGCAUGCUAGCAGAGGAUGCCAUCAAGGCGGCUGUCAAGGAUUACCAAGCAAAGCGUGCAAAAUCGAACGGUACUGAAGCAGCUGAUGCACCUCUGCAGGAAGCUGCUAAAGCUUGAAGAUGUGUAUAAUGACCAUGUGAUCACCAGAAGUAUUUCCUGCUAGAGCGAGAACCCUUCUCGGUCCAUGGUAGGCGAAAUAAUAAAAGGGCUUGCGAGUGAUGUAAAGAGAUAGGCUGCUGCUCAGUGAUGAGUUGUGGAAAUGUUAGCUAUGUUUUAGCUCUCUGGUGCCUUAUGUCGAGGUUAACCUUCGUGUAAUCGGGUGUCCUUGUUUUUGUUACUUUGCUCCCCUAGAAAGUACCCUUGAUGUUAUGACUGAUGGGUUUUGUUUUCCUUGUAUCAAGUUGAUUGUGGUAUAGCGCAUAACUUGAUAGACACACACAAUCUAAUGGUGUUUGAAAUGUAUGAAUCGAGGAUGCGGAGCUUGCAUAUUUGUCUUCAAUGGAGACUUUUUUUCCCCUUUCCUGGUGGAACCCUUUCAUUUGAGAUUUGAGGGUCGUGACAUAUAUGUGAAACAUUAGACGUUGAAUGUUAAUGAAGCCUGGAUACAGAUCUGAAAGUUUCAUGCGCGUGGAACGGAAUGAUUCUUCAAUACGAUUUAAUAUGAUCAUAAAAGUCGAGUCGAAAG